AUGACGAACGAGCAGGACAAUACAAUCUAUUCGACUCCACGACAUAAGCGUGUGCAGCCGGGUCAGCAGCCCAGUACGCCUCGGACUCCUGGUUUUCGAAUUCUUCAGCCUAAAGGACCUCAGACGCGGGAUCGUUCGGCGAAACGGCGAAGAAUUCGGUUGGAGCUCGAAGAACAUCUCGAGGAUGCAAGUGACGAGGAAUACGAUGACAAGGUUCUCGACUUGACACAAGCUCUUCCGGCUCCUCCUGCUCUAAAGCUGAACUCUCUGACUUCAAUUGCUGAAGAGGAGGAGGAGCAGGAGCAGGAGCGGGAAGCAAAUAGGAUGGACGAGAAAGAGGCUAUUCGAGAGAUGGGCAUGCCCGUCAAUUUAUCAAAAGAGCUGUCGAACGCCAUGCCUGCUCCCAUUUCCCCCGUCAAACGCGGUCGUGGACGACCUCGAAAGUAUCCUCUGGCGAAGCCAGUCCCGGGCAAAACAACCAGAGACGUAAGUCGCGGGGGAACCAUUUCCACGACUACCAGUAUUGACAAUGCUCAAUCGGGUUCUGGCUUUGAAGAGUACUUUGAAAAGCUCUCCAGCAAAAAAACAUCCAGUAACACGCUUUCUCAAUUGCCUGUGCUGGAGAAUGAAGUCUAUCUCAACCUUGUGAAACGCAUUCACGAGGAGAAUGCCGAAAAAACACAAACACUCAUUUACUACCAGUGCCAGAACUUUAAUCAGUGGUACUGCGAGCUCGUGUAUGGCGGAUUCAAUCUGCUUUUCUACGGGUUUGGUUCAAAAGAGCUUCUGCUGUCUCAAUUUGUCGAAGCUAAGCUAGCUGCGCAGUAUCCUGUGUUUGUGGUGAAGGGUUAUUUCCCCAGUUUACAGUUACGGUCGCUGCUCACCGGCAUUCUUGAGCUUCUCGACAGCCCGCCCACGGUUUCGGCACAGGACAUGGUGCAGCGGAUAGUGGAUGUGAUGAAUGAUCCUCAACGGACGUAUGAAAAGCUUGUUUUGCUGAUACAUAACAUCGACGGGGAGGAGCUGGUGGAUGAGCGCUGCCAAACGAGCUUUGCGACUCUGGCCAUGUGUCCCAACAUUUACCUAAUCGCUUCUGUUGACCACGUUAACUUUCCUUUGCUGUGGGAUUCGGCGCUGGAAUCACAGCUGAAUUUUGUAAUGCACGAUGCCACAACGUUUGCUCGCUACUACAACGAAACUACCUACGAAAACUCUCUCGGCAUUGGACGUGCCGGCAACACAAACAAGGAAAAGGCCAUCAAGCACGUUCUCUCCUCGCUGCCAAGCAACUCUCGUGCCAUCUUCAAACUGCUAUUGAUCGAGCAACUCGAACGUAUGGUCGACUUGUCACCAGCCGAAUGCAAGCUCGGAGAGCGUGUCGGUGUUGAGUACCGGCUAUUCUUCCACAAAUGUAGCUCGGAGUUUCUGUGCAGCAACGAAAUGAACUUUCGUUCCCAACUCACCGAGUUUUUUGAUCACGAUAUAAUAUCGUCUAAACACGAUGCUUCCAAUCUAGAGUAUCUAUGGAUCCCACAUCCAAAGGAAUUGCUGGAAACGCUUCUAGAGGGACUUAUGGAAAGUGUCUAA